AGUUGGAGAGCUUUCGGAAAACUUGUGAUGGCCGUGGAGAAAUCUCACUUUAUGUCCGACACCUGUUGCCCGAGGACACCGCGCGCAUAGACGCACGCCACUCGGCGCGCGUUCCACUGAUAUCCGACCGCAUUUCUACACUCACUCGUACAGGACACGCUCGGACAUUUUGGGUACCGACCGGUCCGGGGCUGCGCUGCGCUCCCACGAUAACCGUCCUGUGCCAUUUCUGUGAUCGAGCAGCGAAAGGGAGGUCAUUUGAUGUGACACCCGUCUGCACAGUGAGCGCCCUGCAGCAGGCUGGACGGGGGUUCCCUUUUCCAAAAAAAAAAAAAAACACGGACUUGUCUGUAGUUUCCCUGCGGGACAGAGAGACACACUUUUCGGACUUGAGCGCUUCGGACGGUGGGAGGACAGCGUGUUUUCUUGGAGACAGAGCAGAGCAGCAGAGCACUUUGCCCACCACCGGCUGUGUGGCGGUGACGCGGCGGACCAUGGACAACAGGCCUGUCCGAAAAAAGCGCACCGGUGCCGUUCGACAUCUGCUGCUGGCAGCCGCCUUCCUCGCCUGCAGCUCUCAACUGCUGGUGGUGGAGGCCAACUCAUGGUGGUCACUCGCUCUGACCCCGAUCCAGCGGCCUGAGAUGUACAUCAUCGGAGCACAGCCCCUCUGCAGUCAGCUGUCUGGUCUCUCUCAAGGCCAGAGGAAGCUGUGCCAGCUCUACCAGGACCACAUGGUCUACAUCGGAGACGGCGCCAAGACGGGCAUCAAGGAGUGCCAGUACCAGUUCAGGCAGAGGAGGUGGAACUGCAGCACAGUGGACAACACAUCCGUGUUCGGACGGGUCAUGCAGAUUGGCUCCAGGGAGACGGCCUUCACCUACGCCGUCAGCGCAGCCGGCGUGGUCAACGCCAUCAGCCGGGCGUGCCGCGAGGGCGAGCUCUCCACCUGCGGCUGCAGCCGCGCCGCCCGACCCCGCGACCUGCCCCGCGAUUGGCUGUGGGGCGGCUGCGGCGACAACGCGCACUACGGCUACCGCUUCGCCCGGGAGUUUGUGGACGCCCGGGAGAGAGAGAAGAACUACCCGCGGGGCUCUACUGAGCACGCCCGGACCCUGAUGAACCUGCAGAAUAACGAAGCAGGGCGACAGGCCGCCUAUAACCUCGCAAACGUGGCCUGCAAAUGUCACGGCGUCUCCGGCUCCUGCAGCCUCAAGACCUGCUGGCUCCAGCUGGCCGACUUCAGGCGCGUCGGGGAGUUCCUGAAGGAGAAGUACGACAGCGCGGCCGCCAUGCGCAUCGGGCGCAAGGGCAAGCUGGAGCUGGUGGACAAGCGCUUCAACACGCCGACCGCCGAGGACCUGGUCUACAUCGACACCAGCCCGGACUACUGCCUGCGCAACGAGACCACCGGCUCGCUGGGCACGCAGGGCCGCCUGUGCAACAAAACCUCGGAGGGCAUGGACGGCUGCGAGCUCAUGUGCUGCGGCAGGGGCUACGACCAGUUCAAGACCUACAAGCACGAGCGCUGCCACUGCAAGUUCCACUGGUGCUGCUACGUCAAGUGCAAGCGCUGCACGACGCUCGUGGACCAGUUCGUGUGCAAAUAGCACGCCGACCGGACCGGAGG